UGCAGCAGUACGCCGCUGACAGACGUUGACAUUCAGGAAACCUAGACACGCCAAGAAGCAAUAACGAUGCCAACCAGUCCUCCCAAUAUGAGAAUCCUACCUGCAACCGGCAGACCUGGGCCAAAAUCUAAAGAUCAGGCUUCUCCAACAGAAAAUAUCCCAGACUACGAGCCCAACCUCCCUGAGCCCACAUGCAGAGCCGAUCUUCUGAAACACUUGUUCAAGCUUUCCCUGGAUGACAAGACCGCAAAUAAGAUGCUGUGGAUCACCGAGGGUGGGUCCAAGGUGUCGCGCAUGACUGAUGAUGUCACUUGUCCCGUCCUGGACAGACCGGAGAGAUAUGAGCAUGUCCCACAGGUUCUUUGCAAAGAAGGUAUCCUCGGCUUCCGAGCUUACUGGGAAGUGAAAUAUUCAGGAUGGGUGGUCGUCGGAGUCGCCUUUGAAAGUGCAGGGAGGAGAGGAAGCGACGGUCAGUGUGGCCUGGGAGAGAACGAGCAGUCCUGGGGUCUUGGGUGGGGCGGAUCCCACUACCAGGUGUGGUUCAAUGGCAUUAACACAGAAAUCUGGGAUGUUCCCCAGAGCAGCACCAUCGGGGUAUACCUCGACCAUCCAGCUGGGGUCAUCAAUUUCUAUGCAGUAGAAGAAUCGGAGGAAGGAGAGGGGAGCGAAGCCAGAAGGGAGAUCAAGCUGCUGCAGCAGAUUAAGAGCUCCUUUAAGGGGAGGAUGAUGCCAGGUUUCUGGGUGGGACAGAAGUCCUCAUGUUCCUUUGUGAAACCAGAGGAGUAAAGUAAAGAGUGUGUCUUUUUCCAUUUUCUUACAUUUCCAUUUAAACUGCAUUUACAAUACAUAUCUAAAACAUAUAAAAUAUAUUUAUCUGCAACGCAUAUACUGGGAUAAUGCAAGACAAAGACUGUUCUAAAUCAAAAGCUCUGUAUAUAGAAUCAUAUUUAUCAAGAAGCUGCUAUUUGUUUAUGUGUUUGUGUAUCUUUAACAUGUUAAUUUUGUCAAAACUGAAUAUUGUAUAUUGUUGGUGUCAUAUAUUGUGACAUAUGUAGCAUUGUGUACUGAGUAUUCCGCACUCCCUAAAUCAAAAAUAUGAUUUUGUGUGACUUUAAAUAAACACUGAAUAUCA